GGGGAGACAGCAGCCCUACCAGACAGGUGCACCCCUGCGUUUCGACAGCGCCAGAUAGCCGGGCGGUGGGUUUGGCAUUCUCAGUUUCACCGUAGCCUCUUUUUAAAGCGCGUGUAUCCCUGGCGUUCCAGCAGCCAGCGCGCUGAUUGGCCGGCACCAGUUUCUGCAGUGAAGGGUACUGGGAGACUUGGAUGCAGGGCACUAUGACAUCACACCAUAGCCCUGCUUCAGCCCCCUUUGGACCGCAGGCUUAGCGUCACAUUGGCUUUGGCAAAGCCUGAGCUGAAGUGUGCAAAGGUGGUGUUGCGGAUUCCUGCGGGAUGGGAUCGACUACGGCUGGCCAGGGGUUCGAGAAUAAGACAGGCAGACAGACGGACGGCAGGACGGACACGCGGGCGGCGGCUGCGAUCGGCGGCUCGGCGGCAGGCUGGUGGAAGAUGUCGUCGGGGGCCGGCGGGAGGGGCGGGAGGCGGGGCCGGGCCGGGACGGUGGCGGCGGGGGCCGGGGCCGGGGCGGGGGGCGCCGGCGCGGCGGAGGAGGGCCCGCUGGGCAUCCCGUUCCCGGAGCACAGCGCGGACGUGCUGGGGGGCCUGAACGCGCAGCGGCAGAGCGGCCAGCUGUGCGACGUGCUCCUGGUGGCGGGGGAGCGGGAGUUCCCCGCCCACCGCUCCGUGCUGGCCUCCUGCAGCUCCUACUUCCACCGGCUCUUCACCUCCGGCGUUGCCGCCGACCGCCAGAGCGUCUACGCGCUGGACUUCGUGCGCGCCGAUGCGCUGGACGCCCUGCUGGACUUCGCCUACACCGCCACGCUCACCGUCAGCCACGCCAGCGUGCGGGACGUCCUGAGCGCCGCCAGCCUGCUGGAGAUCCCCCCCGUACGGGACGUCUGCGCCCACCUGCUGGACACCAAAGUGCUCUCCCCACCGGUGGGUAGCGAGCGAGGAGAGGAGGAGGAGGAAGACGAAGAGCGCACAAAGGGAGGAGGAGGAGGGGAGCAGGGGAACCGGCAGCGGGCUCGAGAGUACCUGGAGCUUUUUGAGAAGGGGGGUCCCUGGGGCAGCAGCUGCAGCACACCCGAGCUCAGGGACGUACCCCCACACACGCACUUUAACCAACGCAACGGCGCCCCCGGCAACGGGACCCCCCCCGCCGGCCCCCCGGGGUACGCCCCGGCGCAGCCGCCCCCGGAGGAGGACGAGGAGGAGGACGAGGACGGGGACGGGGACGGGGACGGGACGCGGGACCUCCUGGCCUGGGCCCGGGACAACGGGGGCCUGCCCCUGCACCCCUUCUACGCCCCCUCCCAGAACGGACACUACUACCUCCAGCCGGACGCCGAGCAGGAGCAGGAGCUGGAGCUGGAGCGGGAGCGGGAGCAGGGGCCCGGGCGGGGCCGGGACCACGACGGGAGGUCGGCCAGCGCCCUGCUGCAGCGCAUGAUGGACUCCAUCGAGCGGCAGAAGGAGCGGGAGAUGGCGGGGGAGGAGGCGCCGGAGGGGGAGGACCCGGAAGUGGAGUUUUACUUGAAUUACUUUAACAGCGCGCAGCACGAGGACGUGGCCUCCGUCACCUCCGUCACCUCCGCCGCCGCCGCCGCCGCCGCCGUCGGCCCGGGGCUGCUGCCGCUCUGGGCCGCCGCCGCCGCCGCUCGAGGCUCCGGGUCGGCGGGCAGCGGGGGCGGGGGCGGCGGCGGCGGCGGCGGGGGCGGGGAGAAGAAGAUGCGCUCCAAGGCCUUCCAGAAGUGCCCCAUCUGCUCCAAGGUGAUCCAGGGGGCGGGGAAGCUGCCCCGGCACAUCCGCACGCACACCGGCGAGAAGCCCUACGAGUGCGCCAUCUGCAAAGUGCGCUUCACCAGGCAGGACAAGCUGAAGGUCCACAUGCGGAAGCACACGGGGGAGAAGCCCUACCUGUGCACCCAGUGUGGCGCGGCCUUCGCCCACAACUACGACCUGAAGAACCACAUGCGCGUGCACACGGGCCUGCGGCCCUACCAGUGCUCCAGCUGCUUCAAGACUUUCGUGCGCUCCGACCACCUGCACCGCCACCUCAAAAAGGACGGGUGCAACGGCGUGCCCUCGCGUCGCGGCCGAAAGCCUCGCGUCCGGGACCCCGGGCUCCAGGAGGGCGACCCGGGGGCCCACGCCGUGCCCGUCCCGCGCGGCCGGGGGCGCCGCCGUCUGGAGGCCGCCGCCGCAGCCGCCGCCGCCGUGGCCGCGGCGACGCGGGGGGACCCCGGGAGCCCCGCCCCCAGCCACGUGCAGCGGGAGGAGUCGGGGAAGGCGGGGAAGGCGGGGCCGUGA